AUGGGCAAAGGCACGGACAAGCUAUACAUCACGCACAGCGAAUGGUCGUCUUCUGAUGCUUAUUCGGCCAGUGUCGGCGCAGGAGCUGGGGCGCGCGCUCAGAGAGCUGGAGCGAACUUCAGGCGCCUUCCCUUCAACUUCUGCGCCGCAAGCCUCCAGCCGUUCAAGAAUCCCGUUUGCACACCCGAGGGCACAAUAUUCGAUGUCGAGAUCAUCGGCUCAUGGCUCGACAAGAACGACACGAACCCCGUGAAUGGACAGCCACUCAAUCCCAAGGACCUGAUCAGGCUCAACUUUGCACGCAACGCCGAUGCCGAAGCGGAUUCCAACGCAGGCCCCACGGAUGGGAAGGGGGACAUGAUAGACCCAGUGACCUUCAAAGUGUUCACCGACAACACGCAUAUCGUCGCGAUACGGCAUGGCACAUACGCAAAUGUUUUCGCUUGGGAGACGAUCGAGCAGAUGAACAUCAAACAGAAGAACUGGCACGACCUUGUGGACGACAAAGAAUUCGGCCGAAAAGAUAUCAUUACCCUGCAGGAUCCUCAAAAUGCUGCGUCCAGGAAUCUGAGCGAGUUCCAGUACCUCAAGGAUGGCGGCGAGGCAUUGUUGACGCCUGAACAAAUAGAAGAGAGGAAGCAGGGUAGCGUGAACGUUGAUGCUUUGGGAAGAAUCGGCGACAAGGUGUUGCGGGCAAAGGAGGCGGUCGAGAAGGCAAGACGGGAGAGGGAGACCGGUGGGGACAUCAAUCGCUCUGCCAAAGCCCUACAGAAGCCAUCCUCAGCCACGACGUUUAAGAAGCCCGCCAUACAGGAAAGAAAGUUGGCCCAUAAUGCGGCCACAUACACGACGGGCAGAGCAGCUGCGAGUUUCACAAGCACUGGUCUCACACCGGAGACAAGCGGCGAGAGAGCUAUACUUUCCGACGAGGACUGGAUGUUGAAACCAAAGAAGAUCAAGUUCAAGGGCUAUGCCAGGCUGGAGACCAACAUCGGAGAGGUCGUCAUCGAGCUGCAGACCGAGACCGCGCCAAAGGCUGUAUGGAACUUCGUCAAGCUUGCACAGAAGGGCUACUACCGCGGGGUGCCUUUCCAUCGCAACAUCAAGAACUUCAUGAUCCAAGGCGGCGACCCUACGGGAACUGGGAAGGGAGGGCAAAGCAUUUGGGGAAAGAAUUUCCAAGACGAAUUCGACGGCCCUCUCACGCAUAGUGAGCGUGGGGUUGUCAGCAUGGCGAAUAAGGGCAAGAACACGAACUCCAGCCAGUUCUUCAUCACCUAUAAGCCAGCGAAGCACCUCGACCGGAAACACACAAUCUUCGGCAAGGUCGUGGAUGGCCUGGAUACUCUGAGCAAGAUGGAGGCUGUGCCAGUUGACGAGGGCAGCCGGCCCCUGAAAGAAAUAGUUAUCAAAGACAUUGUCGUGUUCUUGGACCCCUUCGAGGAGUUUCUCAAGGAGAAGGAUCAGACGGAGAAGGCUGAAGCCGCUAAGGCUGAGCUCAAGCGUCAGGGCGGCACUGAUGACGACAAGACCACAUGGACUGGAAAGCGCAUCCGUGGUGACGGCACGGUCGAACAGGCUGGCAGCGGGGUUGGGAAGUAUCUGAAGUCAUCUCGCGCGGACCAAUCCGAAGCUCCGACAGUCGCAGACGACGCGAAUGUUGAUGCAUGGGAACCUUCUAAAAAGAAGGUCAAGACGGGCGGCUUUGGUAACUUUGAUAACUGGUGA